AUGACGGUUAUGAAUAAUAAUGGACAAGGGAAGAAAAAGGGAAAGCAUGUGGACAACAAGGAUGAAUCGCCAUCACCAUGCGAAUCAGGGAUCGUGAGGACCAAAAAAGGUCUUGGCUGA